AUGUCGGACAAUGAGUCCGCGGCGCCCUCCACCAACGGCUGGCCUGUCAAGGAACCGCCGUCGCCGAGUGGCAGCGCGCAUUCCGGCUCUGACAUGGACGAGAAGCCUAGCGAAGCUGGCAACAACGCCCCCGUACAGAAGCGGCGUCGUGUGACUAGAGCCUGCGACGAGUGUAGACGCAAAAAAAUCAAGUGCGACGGCAAACAGCCGUGCACGCACUGCUCCGUCUACAGUUACGAAUGCACAUAUGACAAGCCCUCGAACAGGCGGAGGAAUCCGGCCCCCCAAUACAUUGAGGCGUUAGAGAGCCGUCUGCAGCGCGCCGAGACCCUUCUGCGCAAGUUUAUCCCGGAUGUCGACCUGGCUGAUCCCACGCUGGAUCCCGCUGUCCAGCAGGAGUUUCGCAACAGGGAGCACGCCCGGGUGCAGACCUCCAAGCUGAGGCACGACCCCUACGCCAGCCCCGAGAAGGACGACGCUCAGCUAUUGUCCAUGAUUGAGUCCAUCGGCCAGCUGGACUUGGACGACAAGGGCGGCUGGGACUUCCACGGCGUGUCGUCCGGUGCCGUCUUUCUGCGGCGGAUGAAGGAGCACUUCAGGGGUAUGAUGGGCCCCGUCACCCAAGUCCCGUUCCUGCCGAGACCAGAAAGACCUGCUGGCCUGAUCAACCUCGAUUCUCCAGCGUCAGUCGCCAGCUCACCCUUCGACUCUACCAUUUCCACCGCCCCCGAGCUUCCCCGAAAGAGGUGGCCAGAAAGCUCUGCUACCUCUCGCUCAACUGCGCAACGUGUCUGA